AUGAUCUCAUUACAUUUCAGCAUUAUGGACAUUGAGACCGACAUCGAGUGGAGCAAGGUCGACUACGAGGGAAAGCUGAAGAAAGCAGCAGCAGCAAUUGAGGCGAAGGAGACCGCGCUGGCCCAGCAGCGUGAGGCGGCUGAGAGCGCCACCCAGGAGAUCAACUCCUUGAAGGGCCAACUCGCCGCCAAGGAAGCGCAGAUAGGCGAACUGCGGGAAGCUAUUGAGGUACAGGCCAAAAGGCUUGACGCCGAGUUGGAGGCAGAAACCAAACGGGUCGUCAAGUAUGUGCAGAAGAAGGACGCCUACUUACGGGCGGCAAAGAGACUGCUGCAGAUGCGAGAAGAACUGCAGGCCGACAACGACGAUCUUGCGAGGGACAACAAGAACCUUGCGAAGGAGACGGAGGAUCUAAAAAUUGCACUAGACGAUGCCGCCGGGGAUAAGGAGGCGCCUGAAAUCACCAAAGCCGUGCAAGGGUUUGGCAUGAGUGCUGAUUAA